CAGAUUUACAAAAAAAAUAGUGUGUGCUCAUACCAACCUCUUUCAUUUUUGCCGAUUUACAUGUAUGUAACCCCUUAAGUUUGAACAUUCUCACGAUGCAGGCACGAAAACGUUCCGGAUGAUGCCAUUGGCAGUGAAACUGUGCAAACUGGCCGGCCUAUGGGAUGACACAGAUUCUAGCCCGAUUCGCAGUCCAGCGGUAAUCACAGUAGCUCGUUUGGCGCUAUGGUACGUCCUGCCGGGAAUCGGAUUCAUCCUAAACCGCGAACGUCCGAUUGCUCCCCUCAUGAAGGCCUUGAUUGAAGUUGUGGCGAUGAGCAGUUUCUGCGUCCGUAUUGGACUGCACGUGCGUCAGCGGGCCACGCUGAAAAAGUGUUACGGUGAAAUUUACGCGCUGUUCAACGAAUAUGUAAAUUCCAUGGAGGAGGAUGUUCAGGAAAUGUUGAAAUACCUGCAGGGCCCUACGGAACGGUUGACCAUACUGUACUUUUGUGCUACUAUGGCAGGGGUUCCUAUGUACGGUGGAGUUGCGGGUUUAAUAGCUAUCUGCAAGACAAUCGUUGGCUUAGAACAAGAUUUACCCGCAACUUGUAUGGAAGCUGAGUAAGAUUUCACAACUCAUGCCAAACAUUCUUUCUAAAUUUUUGCUUAAUUUACAGCUUUAUUUUAUUUGAUCAUCGCUCGAACUUUUGGUUCUGGCUGCCAGUUUUCAUAGCAUCUCUUGUUGUCUUUUUGAGACUUGCUAUCACUUGCAUAGGACAGGAAGUAUUUUGCUGGAAUUUAAUCCACCAUGUGUCCUAUUUGUUAAAAAUUAUCCAACUUGAAGUUACUCUGCUUGAUAAAUAUCAAAAUACGUUAAUGUUUAAGUCUAAACUGUCAACCAUAGUAAGAAUUCACAAUAGUUGU